AUGGUAGACAUGUAUGCCUAUCAUGGGGUGGCAAACCCAACCGUUGGCAACAAUAUUAAUGCCAACACGUUUGAGCUCAGAAGAGGACUACUUCAGAUGGCUGAGAACAAUGCUUUCAGAGGCCGACCCACAGAGGAUCCUAACAAGCAUCUCACCAAAUUCAUCCAGAUCUGCAACACGACGAAGAUAAAUGGGGUCACAGAUGAGCAGAUCAGACUAAGGGUGUUUCCUUUCUCUCUGGAGGAUGAUGCCAAAGACUGGCUGGACAGUAUGGAGCCUAACUCCAUUCACACGUGGGAGGCUAUGGUCGAGAAGUUCUUAGAAAAAUACUACCCACCAAGUGAGGCGUUGAAGAGGCAAUCUGAAAUUAUUUCUUUUGAGAUGACUCCCCAAGAGAGUAUUCGAGGAGCUUGGGAAAGAUUUAAAGGAUUAAUGAAGAGGUGCCCCAACCAUGGGUUGAAUCCGACGCAUCAAGUCCUAGCAUUCUAUAGGGGGUGCCUGCCUGAAGCAAAGCGGGAACUAAAUUUGAGUGCAGGGGGAUCACUGCUAAAGAAGGGAGAAGCAGAGGCCAUGGAGGUGAUUGAGAAAGUGACAUCUAAUGAUGAAGGCUGGAACAACGAGUGGAGUAGAGUGCACAGGGUAGCUUCUGCCACAGAGAGUAGCCAAAUGGACAGUAUGUACAAACAGAUGGAGCUCCUCCACAAGAAGUUAGAUCUCAUGGGGAUGAGACCGGUUGUGCAUGAGCAGCAAGAGAGUGUAGAGGAUGUAAGCUAUAUACACCAAGGGGGCAAUAGCUACUAUAACAACUCCCGCCCUAAUCAAGGGGUGGAGGUUACAAUCAGUUUGGGAACAAGGCGCAUCCUAAUCUGUCGUAUGGGAACCCCAACAAUUCCCUGCAGCCACCAUCGGGGUUCACAGUUUCCCAAGUCACACAAGAACAUGGAGCAUACCAACCAAAGGUUGGAGAAGGUUGAGAAUGAUGUCCAUAGCAUGACAGUACAUAUGAAGGGCCUAGAGAUGCUGAUGAGUCAGAUUGCUCAAGCUGUGAGCAGUCAGCAUAAGCCAGAGCAGUUCCCAGGACAGUCAAAUGUGAACCCCAAAGAUUGCAAGGCAAUCUACUUAAGGAGUGGGACAAGCUAUGAGAGUUCUCCUAUGCCCGAAGUGGAAGCUAAGGGAGUACCCGACAAGAAAGAAGAAGAAGAGAUGGAGAUGAAAUCGCCUCAUAUGCAAUCCGAGGUUCAACCCGAGGCAAUUGCUUCCCCCACACCAAAAGAGGUUAAAAUUCCUUUUCCUCAAGUGGUGCAAAAGAAGAAGUUGGACGAGAAGCUUGUUAAGUUCCUUGAGAUCUUCAAGAGAGUGCAUCUCAAUAUUCCUCUUAUUGAGGCUCUCCAACAAAUGCCCGGCUACCUCAAGUUUUUGAAAGAAAUUGUGUCCAAGAAAAAGAGGUUGGUUGAUUAUGAAACCGUGAAUUUGACCGAGAAUUGUAGUGCAAUCAUCCAACAAAAGAUGCCGGCAAAGAUGAAAGAUCCGGGGAGCUUCAACAUUUCUUGUGUGAUCGGGAAUGAUAGGCAAACUAAGGCCUUGUGUGACUUGGGGGCAAGCAUAAAUCUCAUGCCUUUAAGCUUCUUCCGGAAGUUGAAGUUUGGUGUCUUGAAGCCAACUACAUUUACCCUUCAAAUGGCGGAUAAAUCCGUCAAAUACCCGAAUGGACUCCUUGAGAAUGUAUUAGUAAGGGUGAAUGAUUUUAUCUUCCCCGUGGAUUUUGUUGUUUUGGACAUGAAGGAGGAUCCAAAUGUCCCUCUCAUCCUUGGAAGACCAUUCCUAGCAACUGGAAAAGCUCUAAUUGACGUCACUAAGGGAGAACUCACCCUUAGGCAUGGAAACAAGACGGUCAUUCUCUCCUUGUUGGACAAGAUGAAACGUCAUGAAGUGGAAGAGUCCAAGAGAGUGGAAGAGGUGCCCUUAAAAGUUGAAAAGUGCAAGAUGAUACGAGCGGCACAUGUGAGGGCUAGGGAUGAUGAGGUUGAGAAUCCUUUGGAGGAAAUAUUUAUGCCUGAAUGGAUGUUUGAAGAUGAACAUGGAUUGGGGGGUAAAAAGAUGAAGGUUGCCAAAGUGGAAAUUGGAAUACCUAAAGAAGGUGUUGUUGGGGCCGAUGUGAAGCCCACUUGGUGGAAGAAGCGUCUACACAAGCUCUACUUGGCCGCUAAAGCGAAGAAGGGCCCCGAUGACAUUAUCCGAGGAAAUAGGCAUCAAUGGGUGAAAAACGACAUCAAUGCCCGUGACCAGUGGCGCCUCUUCCUCGGCAGUGAAGGUACAUGA